GCUGGUAGGGGGCAGGUGAGAGUUCCUUCAAGUUUGAUCCUAAACUUUAAGGAGAGAAGCACCCAAACUAGGAGUUUUUUUCUUUAUUUUGGAUUGGGAAGGGUUCAUUUCAAAACAAGAUGAAGGUACAAAACAACACAAAAAACCCUGAGCAGGAAAGAACUUUUGCCCAUGAAUAGCACCUUAUUUAAACAACAGCGGAAAAAUGAUUCAGCUUUUGUUUGCGCUGGUCACUACUCUUUACUUGGAUCGUCACGUGUCUGUAGGAAGAAGGUGGGAAAGGAGAAGUUCCACAAACCUCAACAUUGGGGCUUUUGCAACAAUGUUAGGAUGUUGAUGAAUGAAGAUAAACCCGGAAUAGGUGGAGAACUGUGUCUCAGGCAAAAGAGGAAGCCUAAAUACAGUGCAUUUCUUAAAGAAAUGGGAAUUGACGCACCCCCCUGGGUAGCUUUUGAUAAACAGGUAUUAUCUUUUGAUGCCUAUUUAGAAGAUGAAGUGCCUGAAAAAAGUCAAGAAAACUAUAGAAUAAGACGCUAUAAAAUCUACUUCUACCUUGAAGAUGACACAAUUCAAGUAAAUGAACCAGGGGUGAGAAAUAGUGGACUGCCUCAAGGAACUUUUAUCCGGCGUCAUCACAUUCCUCUCCCACCUCCUGAUGAGGAUCAGUUUUAUACUGUGUAUCAUUUCAAUAUCAACAUAGACAUUGUCUUUUAUGGCUGGAAAUUCAAGAUUUAUGAUUGUGAUACAUUCACAAAAAUCGUUUUGAAGAAUAUGGGAGUCAAAUUAAACGCCCCAGGACAGUGUCCAGAAGAUCCUUACUUGAAGAUGCGGAGAGAGAAGCUAGACUUCGUGAAGCCCUUACGUCCCUAUGAGUCCUUUGACACCCUGAAACAGUUCCUCAACUAUGAUAGGAAGGUUUUGCGUUUUUUCUGCCUGUGGGAUGACUCAACCUCGUUGUUCGGGGACCGUAGAGAGCUCAUCUUGCAUUACUUUCUGUCUGAUGAUACUAUUGAAAUCAAAGAAGUGUUGCCACACAACUCAGGUUGGAAUGCUAUGCCGUUUUUCCUCCAGAGGGGAAAGCUACCAAAGUAUGGCCCACCUGGAGUCUAUCAACCAGGCGAGAUAACAGAUCGAAUAGUUCUCAAUGUAUAUGGUGGCUUGGUAGAGAACCGAGUGGACGGCUACCUGUUGGAUAAAUACAAGCUAGGAAAAGUACACCAAGAGUUUUACAAAGAUAGUGACCUGUCCAUAGGAACCACCAUCAAUGUGUGGGGAAGAAAAGUGCUCCUUUGCGACUGUGAUGAAUUUACAAAGUCUUAUUAUAAGACUGAAUAUGGAAUUGGAAAGAUCCUGGCAUCUUGUUUGCUCUUUCUAGUAGGACAAACACAAGUGACUUGGAUCUAUUGGGCCAAUGUGUUAUUUGGUCUGGAGAGCACACUUGCUUCUCAGAGAUUGUACAGCCUCACCAAGGAAUGCCUAAAGCAUCUAGGCUGUUGCAGAUACGUCCCCAGCUCUCUCUCCAUCUCUCCUUCCUCACAGAUGAUAAAGAACUUCACUUCAAUUGACUGCAAGCCCCCACCUCCUCCAAAAAUAGAAAGGAAAUUUCCACCUUAUACUGGCUUUGGUUCUGAAGAGGACUCUCUGCGCUCCUGCAUAGGCCUUGUGCCCACACCUCACCGGAAGAACUUCAGGAAGUGGAUGGAAAAAGACAGCUAUGGCUACAUAAGCAAUACUCUCCGUUUUUUUGCGAAACUAAUUACACAUGAUUGUGCCGACGUGGACAGGCUGUUUGUUAUUUCAUAUUUUCUCAGUGAUGACACACUUUCAGUGUUUGAACCUAUAGAGAGGAAUUCAGGGCUUACUGGUGGGAUGUUCUUGAAAAGAAUUCGUGUUAAGAGGCCUGGACAAGAAGUCUUUAAAAGUGAACUGUCGGAAUAUAUCAAGGCUGAGGAGCUGUAUGUUGGAGCCAGAGUGAACGUGAAUGGCUACCUAUUUCUUUUGCUCAAUGCUGAUGAGUACACCUUAAACUACAUGGAGAAGCAUUCAGAUAAGUUUCCUAUGAGCAGCAUUGAACCUGCCUUACAAAAGCUGAAAAAACAAGAAUCAAAAGCCAAAGAGCUCAGGAACGUAUUUAUAGCUGCUGACGAUGAGCAAAGAAAGAUGGUGGAUUAUAAUACAUUCAGAGAUAUACUGAUGACUCUAACUGUUGGGGAGCUCACAGACCAUGAAGUUAUAACCAUUGCGCGUCACUACCGCGUGCCCGAGGACGCUUAUGAAGAUGUGAAUGUCCUACUUGCACUGGCCCAUGAACGGUUCAAGAGAAAUACUUUUGAGAAUUUCGAAAGACUCAUUGCUAACUGUGUAUACCAAGAUCGAGAAAAUAAAAAAGUAUUACCCACCAAAGACAUCAGAAGGCUGUGCAAGUCCUCCAGGUUACCUUUGACUCACGAUCUGCUGGUAUCCUUACUGUCCAAGUUUGAAGACAGUGAAGGACAAAUAAAUUAUGAGUCAUUUUUCUGUGCCCUGAACUGGAGAAUAAAUCCGGUGCCUGAAUUGGAACCAAGAUCGUACCUUAAAGAGAGAUGUGAAGAUGAGUGGCUCGGGAUGCCAUCACCUAUUCCUGUAAAAUACAUUAACUAUGUAAAACUUUUAAAGGAGGUAUUUGGCUUAGAGGAGGAGUAACCAUGCCAGCUUGGGUCAGCUCCCUUUGAUUCCUGCUCUAAUUUUGCCAAGUUUAUUUCAGUGGAUAUAAUUUCAUUAAAAACAGAAAAGAAACAAGGCUCAUGUUGAAUUGAAAUCCACAGACCACAAUUUAUCUCCUUUUGUCAUUUUAGUUUUUCAGAACAUCAUAUCAUAUUGCUGAUAUACCAGCACUAUUAAAAAUACCAUUUAAAGAAACAUCGAACAUUUUUAUUAUAUGUAUGAUUUAUUAAUACCAGGGAAUCUCAUGUUAAUUUUCUGUCCAACAUAAUUUGAUUCCUUAUGACACAAAAAGAAAAUGACUUUUGACAACUAUACAUGACAAUAUAAAAUUAAAUUAUAUCAGAGCGUAAGUUGUGAUUCUAUUAAACGUUUUUUUCAAAUUUUUUGACACAUCUUUGUUACUUAUAUGGUUAAACUUUGUAGCAACUCACCUUAUCAGAAUAAUCCUUAAGCCUCUCUAGAGUGAAGGUAUAUAUUUUCUGAAAUUAGCAAAUCUAUGAGAGGAAAAGGACCCCCCACCCACAACACACACACAAAUUUGAGGGAGAAAUUGAAACAUAUGCAAUGUUUAUAUUUUUAAUGCCCUUUUUAUACCUAAAGUUAGCUUGUUAACUUAGGAAUAUGUGCAUAUGUAUAUAAUUAUAGUAUGACCAAAAAUGUAUUAUGUCUAAAAUAUUUAGGGAUGCAAAUGCUGAAGAUUUUGUGAGAUCUUUUUUGGUUCAUUCUCCACACACACAUACCACCCACCCCAGAGUUUUAAAUAUUCUAAGACUACAACAUGUUUCCCUCCUGCAUUUCUCUAGUUCUAUUUUUAUUUUUCUUCUAGGCCUAUACAUUAUGAGUCUCAGCAGAACUUUUGUCAUGUAGUAUAUAUUUGAUUAAAACUCAACCAUGGACCCCUGGGAAUUCAGUGUGAGAAGUUUGUCCCAAUCUACCCCAUUCUUCAGUGUUGAAUGCUGUGUAUCGUAAAUCCGGUUGCCUGGUGUUCUCAGGGACAAUGGAAGCCUAUGGAGAAGGGACUUUGACAUUUACCUUUCGGGGACUGCUCUGAGGAGAACUGAUGACAUCUCAUGGGCCCUUUCUAUCUCAUUAUUCUUUCACUCCACAUCUGAGGCAUCUUGCCUAGAAAUGAGCCGGCUUCUUGGCACUCAGAUGUACCACUUUGCUCGACAACAAUGGCUUUUUCACUUUUUAAAAUUGAAGUUAAUCAAUAAACUAUGUCUAUAUAUAAAGCUAGGAUAAUUUUACAUGUGCCAUUGUUAGAGUAGACCCCAUAGGACUUCCCAAUAAACUGAAAUACUCAAUUUAUAUACUAGAGCCAUUUACCCAUAAAAUCUAUUUUUGACUUCUUGAUUUUUGUCCCAGGUUUUUUUUUAAAAGACAACUGACAGUGCCAAGCCAUUUUGUCACUUUAAGAUUUUCCAUUCCCCUGAGAGCAAGCUUUUAGAGGGAUGACACUUUCCUGGAACUUUUUAGGCUGACACAUUUGUCACUUACCUAUUCAACUCUUCAGUCAGUUGUCUUUUCUUCAAGAUUUUAAAUAUAUAGAUAAUUCAGCCCUCAUACAGGCUUGCAAUAGAGUUCAUUUGAGAAGUGGGAGGAGAAAAGGAAAGGAAGCAAACCAAUGAUGUGCUUCAGAGUUUGUAGGAUGACAACUGCUCGUUCUAUUGCAUAGAUGUGUGUCACUGCCCUGGUUAUUCGCAGUUCAAGCCCAUAAUUAGCAAUUAAAUGGCCAUUAUAGGAAUCAUGCCGAUAGACAUGAUACAUUGCAGCCAUACAGACACUUUAAAUAAUUAUUUUUAUAACUAAGCCAUAUACUGAAGGAGAUUUAUAAUUUAGAGAUAAUAUCCCCAUUAGUAAAUUUUAUGACCCAAUAAACAGCUCCUACUAGUUAAUAAAUGCCAAAGCCAUAAAAACAAAGACUAUUAAUGUAAUAGAAUUUUUGUACCUCCCUCUUUUGCUGGUGGUCUCAAGGCACUGAAGGGAAAUGCUAUCUUAGGAAAAACAUUUAUUCUCGUUAUGUAAAUAUCAAUGAAUUGUCUUACAGUCCAUCUGGAAGUCUCCCAGCCCAACCCCCUUGGUCCCAGGUGGUCCCGAAAUGCUGAUGCGUUCUGCUUAGGUUUCAAACAGUAGAUAACUCUGGUUUUUAGCAGAAACAAACCCUGUGACUCAAAUCUUUCAGGGAGGUAGAGAAGACAGCUGGAAUUUCUGCUGCUUCUCUUCCCUCUGAAAAAGAGAAGUCUCAACUAUUGCUAUUAUUCCAGAGUAAUAAGUUUUAGAAGUUUCACAACUUUUGCAUAUAGUUAUAUUUUUAGCUGCUAACAUUUUCUCAUUUUGAUGGAAAAGCAAGUGCCGCCUGUGGAUGUCUGGGUGAGCUGAAGGUUAAUAUAGGCAAACCUUUUGUGCUGAGAACGAAUUGUUUUUUGGUAUUCCUGGAAUCGUGGGAAUGAUUGAUAAAGUCAUUUGAAAACCCGAAUCAAAUCCUGUCUUUUCAUAAAUUGAUUAAAAGCUGCUAAGUUUA